GAUAAGUGUGCCCGAGCGAUGCGGUGACGCCUUUCGCGGUUUGUGCGAGUAAAUGGAGUGUUAAACGUUUUUAUUUCAAGAUUUUUUUCUUCUGCAAACCGUGGAAAACCCCGGGCGGCGUCGCGCUCUUUUGCCGGUGGCCAUCGAGUGGUCAAUCGCGUUCGCUUUUUGGGAGGCGAAAAGUGGAUUGGAAAAUAUAGGCAGACCGCGUGCAAGCGCGUGGAGUGGAGUGCAAUGAAGUGAAAGAGCCUCGCGGCCGUUGUCUGAUGCGUGGAAAAAGAAGUAAUAAUGCGCCACGGACCACCCCUCCUCCCGGCUCCCGCCAGUCAGGCUCAUUAUGUGUAGUGUAUUGUAAAAUAAUCGAUGAAAGAGAAACGCCAUAGCGUGGCAAGGGAACGGCUACUGGCGCAGUUGUGAUAGUGUUGAUAGUGUUGAAACGCAGCCCACAGAUUAGUGCAAUCGAAUCGAUCGGAUCGAUGGUUGGGUCAGUGAUGAAUGCAUAAAGGGCACCCAGAGGGUUUUAGGAGAAAAAAGUUCAAGAAGCAACGAGCACUUCAUUCAACGCCCGAUUGUAAUGCGAGGCGAAUAGCUUUUGGAGUGAUCAUUAGGCGCCCUCCCCCCGUUAAGCGCCCUAGAACGGAGAAAACGAAGAAAGAACUAGCAGCAGAAUGGCGUACGUCGUCUGGCGUGUGCUCAUGAAGCAGUACUCGAAGGUUCGCCUUGGCAUCCAGAAGAAUCCGGCGGUGGAUGACGAAGUAUCGCCGAAUACUCGCCGCACGAAAUCAUUCGACGAUCAGACGUGGAAGGUGCACGACGAAACGGCCAAUUUGUCGGCAAACAUUUCCGCCAUCUCGACAACGGCACUAGCCUCGCGCUCCUGUCGAUUAGUCACCGAUCUCGGUCCCGCCGGUCUCGACGAGGUGCUUGUGAUGAGUGCGUCCUCGGAACCCUCAUCAACCGGCGAUGCCUGUGACUCGCUGAGCCGCGGAGAGGUGCGCAAAAGUCGUUCGAAGAUGAAAAACUAUCUGAAACGCUGCAAGGACGUACUGAUCGGUGGUGUGUCCGUAUCGGCGACUGAGGAUGCCUCGUCUUCGGCGACAGGAACACCAGAGUCAGCGGAGAGACCACCACUGCACAGCGAGUCUGUGGUUUAUCAUGCCGCCGGUUCGAGUCAACCAAACUCCUGCUGGUACCUGGAGGAUCAUCUGAUCGAGCUCCGACCAGAAGACAACCGUGAACCGUACUCCUCGCUCGCUUCCGCCCGGCUGAAGCUCGAGACAGAGGAGGCCCGGCAACGGGAUGCGGCCUCCUGCAGCAGCAGCAGCAGCAGCAACAUUCCAUCCUCCGUCACCAUCACGACCUGCGUUACAAGCACCGCGAGCAGCACCACCGCACCGAUCGGACAUCACUCGGUGGCUUUUGAUGCGGUGCCGCAGGACGAUCAACGGCAAUCCGUGAGCGAACGAAUAGCCAUCGGCGACGAUGGGGAGGGUGCGAGCACCAUGAUGUGA